UCAUAGUGACAAAUAUAUUUAUUUUGUAAAACAAUAUGGAUGAUCUACCAGAAACUUACUUGUUUUCCACUUUUGCUCCUGAAGAUGAAGAAACUUUUGGAGAUGCUGAAGAUACAAGUAAACAGGAAGAAACACUAGUACCAAAAUCUAAAGAAUACUAUUAUCAAGACUACGAUUAUGUACGACCGAGACAAUCAGAUUUCGACAGAAAAGAAGUUAAAGGUACUAAGUUAUUUGAAGACAAAAACGUUGACCAGGAGCAAGUCGGUGAAGACAUGGAUGAACCAAAACUACAUAAAGAUGCUUCAAUUUUGGUCACUGGUUUCGGAAUGAGAAACGUUGAUUCUUUUCAAAGAUUGGUGAACAUGUCACAGGAAGAACGAAAAAAAUGGGAAUUGAGGAAGUUAUGGAGAGACGAAAACAUUCGAUUGUCUAUAUUGAGAGAGAAAGAAAGAAAGGAGAAAGUCGAACUAGCUGCUGAACUUGGUACUUUAACGGUAUCAACAGAUGACCAGUCGCCUAGAUCAACCAGUGAUUUGCUGACUCAAACUGAUUCAUCGCUCACCGACAAACUUCACGGAAGCAAGAAACAAUUGGAUUAUUUGCUAGGUAUAGACAGUGCUGCUGAAGAAGAAUUAUCGGUGAAAUCUGAAUACAAAAUUGGAGAAGCGGAAUCAGUAGACGCUUUCAAGUAUUCUACCUCUAAGUCGAUAAGAGAGUCUCAGCAAUAUCUGAGAUCGCACAGAAUUUUCGAAUUUUUUCAGUUUAUUGUUGCGCAUUUGUUGAGCGCCAAGGCUGAUAAUCCUAUUGAGUUUAUUUUGAAGCUGAUCAAUCAGUGCUUGUUAUACAGAUCGGGUAUGAGUAAUCCUCCUUUAUUAUUUGACAAGAAGCACAUUCACCAGUUGUUCCAUUUGAUGGAUCGCAUGAAAUCGGGAUUUGUGGAACCAGCUCAAUACGUUACUGCGAUGCAAACUCUGGCUAUUUGUACAUUUAACGAACAUCCUGAAUAUUCAGAGGAAGGUCUAAUAUCAGAAGAAACCUUCGUUGAAGAAAUAUACAAUGCUGAGCUUGCCAUCUUCGAAGACUUGAUUAAGAGAAGAUCUUUGAAAAAGAAGGCUCGGAAAGUACCGGAAUCUUACGACACCAUUUCAGUACCUAGCGCCGAUCCUCCAUUUUUUAUACCUUCCUCAAUGUUUAAACUCAGCAAGCAUACGCUAUCUUCUUCCCGACACAGUGAAGGCUGAAGGAAUUAUAACAAUAUACAGGGUGGUCCGAACUGUAUUCCAGAAACUUUGGCAGCAUACUCUACAAAUAAAAAAAUGUAUAAAAGGUCGUAUGUCCUAAAAUGCUUAG